GAGACGACCAUAUCGACUGGGAAUAUAUCGAACUCAGAUUCUUUAGUCAGUAAAAAAACAGAAUCGUUCAACUAAAAGUUCUUUAUUUUCUUCGUAAGGAAAUCGGGAAACUGAGCGAGUUUUGUGAUAAAACUACAAUUAAAGUAACAUUUGAGAGUUUUGCACGGAUUGCAUCGGUCGCUGGCAAUCUGGAAAAGGGCGAGAACGUUUUCGCUUAUUAGCUUUUUUUAUGUUCGUGCGAUUUUUAGUGUUCGUCGUCGGAUCCACGACACCGAGACGGGGGUCGCCAUUUUGUCUGGCCGGCUGAUCUUUCGACAGAAAAUUUGUCAAAAAUUUGCACAGAAAAAUAUCGAUCAUAGGGAAUAUUGUGGAUUUCGGUAAAAAGAACAGAUUUGUGGUGGUUUUCGUCGCGGUGGUACCUGGCGUGAGCGUUGCAGGCAGUGCACGAGUGGUGCAAUCGCGGACCGCACUUGUGAAGUUCACCUAGAGUCAGGCAAACGCCCCGAAAAAUCGCUUUUGCCAGGAGGCCGAAAGCAGAAAAUUCGCACAGUUCGUCUUAGUGGAUAUCCAUCGUACUCCUGCAGAUUGGCUUAAGGGCAGACGGAAUAUUCGGUUCUAUUUUCAUACAAAAUAAGAUGUAAAAAAAUAAUAGAAAGUUUUGAAAGUCGGAAUCCACUUAUAAAAUGACAUUCGACACUCGUGGGCGUCAAACAACAGAUCCACCGCAACCACAAGAGGCACAAUCAGAUGCUUCGGCAGCCGAUAAUGCAGAAAUAUCAAAUGAAAGGUUGAUUGCUUCCUUUCCGGUUGCAAAGCUACGCACGUUAACCCAGAAAAUCUCAAAUCCACGAUGGGUUGUACCCGUUCUGCCAGAGCAAGAACUUGAGUGUCUGCUCAAUGCCGCCAUUGAUUUAACAAUGGCAGGUAUUGACUACGAAUGCGAGCCAUGUGUACAGUUUUAUCGGGAAGCGAUGACAACAUCGUUUGCAAAGAUCUUAACAGACGAGGCUGUGAACUCAUGGAAAUAUAAUAUUCAUCACUGUAUUUUAAUGUCGUGCGGGAAACUUUUGCAUUUAAUAGCAAUUCACAUGAGACGCGAUAAUCCAUAUUUGCUUGAUCUUCUCGCUAUGGUGUUAGAUCCUGAUAACAAAUUCAACACAUUCAACGCAGCACGUCAUCCUGAGUGUUUUGGACCGGACUUCGUUUGGGGUAUAUUAGAUGAAAACCAAGUAUUUGCCAAAAUCCCGCCGGAACCGAAAAGCCCUCGGGGGUGGUUAGUGGAUCUGAUAAACCGAUUUGGACAAUUGGGAGGUUUUGACAACUUACUUGAAAGAUUUAAUGCUGGCGUAGCUUUACUUAAGAAGCAGCCAUCAUCGGAUGAUGUACAGCAAAGUUCAAGCUGUGUUUCUACACAAAGUUUGAGUGAUGAUUCCUCAUCGAAAAUGAGGACCUCUACAAUGUCGUCGAGCGGUGGAACUAACAGCACGAGUACAAGUAUUUUAAUGGAUGAUUCGAACAAGCUAUCGCUUCCCUUGAUUCAUGCAUUGUUGCGACCGUUCGGGCAGUGUUAUGAACUGCUCACAGUUCCAACUAUUGAGAAAUACUUUAUGCCUAUCUGGGAAGUGGUGUUAGAGUUGUUAGAUAGCUUGUCGGAUGACGAAUUGAAGCGCGAAGCGAAACCAGAAGGCCGCAGCGACUAUAUAAAUGGAAUUGUGCGAGCCGCUCGCCUGCUGGCGAGUCGUUUACCGAACCAAGAAAAUCUCAUUCGUGAUUUGGAGAUGUUUCGGUUGAAGAUGAUCCUGCGUCUUUUACAAGUGUCAAGUUUUAAUGGCAAAAUGAAUGCUCUAAAUGAGAUCAAUAAGGUUUUAACUUCUGUGUCAUAUUAUUCACAUCGAACCCCGCAACUAGCCCAUUGUCUGCCGGAUGAUGAAAUGGAUUGGCUGACGGCUGAGCGGAUGGCAGCGUGGAUCAAAGAGACUGACGUGCUAGGAAUAGUUUUAAAGGAUUCUCUACAUCAACCACAGUAUGUGGAGAAACUAGAGAAAAUCAUUCGAUUUUUAAUCAAGGAACGAGCUUUAACUUUGGCGGAUUUGGAUGCUGUAUGGCGAGCACAGGCUGGAAAGCAUGAGGCAAUUGUUAAGAAUGUUCAUGAUUUACUGGCCAAACUCGCUUGGGACUUCAAUCCCGAACAGCUGGACCAUCUUUUCGAUUGUUUCCAAGCGAGUAUGACAACCGCGAAUAAACGGCAGCGAGAGCGUUUAUUAGAACUAAUUCGACGGUUGGCGGAAGAUGAUAAAAAUGGUGUGAUGGCUCAUAAAGUGUUGAAGCUAUUUUGGACGUUGGCUCACAGCGCAGAAGUGCCACCAGAGGUUUUAGAUCAGGCUCUAGCGGCUCAUGUAAAAAUUUUGGACUACAGUUGUUCUCAAGAAAGAGACGCUCAGAAAACGGUUUGGUUGGAUAAAUGCGUGGAGGAAUUAAAAACUGGUGAUAGCUGGGCUCUGCCAGCGCUGCGAUUAAUACGUGAAAUCUGUUGUCUAUACGAGGCAACGCCUAACCACGUUCCAAGAACUCAUCAGGCGUUGAAUCGCCAACAAAUUAUUGAGCGCCUCCAGAAUGAUCACUCACUCGUUAUACUAGUAACGAACAGCCUUACCGCUUACAUGGAAAAAAUCCGUGCAAUGGUACGCGAAAAUCCAGAGCUGACUGCAAAUGGUAUCUGUAUUGAUGGUCGUUACCAUCACGCCCAGCAAAUUCAAGAGCGUCUUGAUUUUUUAAAGUUUCUGUUGAAGGAUGGGCAGUUGUGGCUUUGUGCUGAUCAGGCGAAACAAAUUUGGCACUGCCUAGCUGUUACAGCAGUGUUUCCCAGCGAUCGAGAAGAAUGUUUUCGAUGGUUUGGUAAAUUAAUGGGCGAAGAACCAGACUUGGAUCCAGGCAUUAACAAGGACUUUUUUGAAAAUGAUCUGCUUCAAUUGGAUCCACAGCUGCUAACCGAGAGUGGAAUAAAGUGCUUCGAAAGGUUCUUCAAAGCUGUAAACUCAAAAGAGGAUAAACUGAAAGCAAUUCAUCGUGGCUACGUUCUUGAUAAUGAGGACUUGAUCGGGAAGGACUACUUGUGGAGGGUGAUAACAACAGGCGGUGAGGAGAUUGCUAGCAAAGCUAUAGAUCUCUUGAAGGAAGUUUCGACGGCACUUGGUCCACGUUUGCAAGCGAAUAUUUGUGAAUUUCACGAAAUGUUCAUCGGCGAAUGUUGUGAUCGUCUUAAAUCUCAUUACGAUACUAUUGUUAUUUUAAGUAAAACUAUCGAUAAUACAAUUUCUAACGAUCCGGAUUGUAAAGAUAUAAAACUGCGCUUUGUCGAAGCAGAGAAAAUGUGCCGGAUCGUAAAAGUAUUGCAAGAAUACAUAAAGGAAUGUGAUAGGACAUUUACAGGGGAUCGAUUUAAGUUGCCAUUAAGUCGCGCAGUACGCGGCAAAUAUAUGAGCUUGUAUAUUCGGUUUCAAAGCGCAGGGAGACCGAUUGAUGACAUAGAGGUGACAACUCACAGCAACGAAACAGUGGCGGCUUUCAAGCGGAACUUGCUAAAACGAAUCAAGGGGACGCCUGUAGCAAACAUUAAAGUAGAUCUUUAUUACAACAAUGGCGAACUAAUAGAGAUAAGCGAUGAUCGUAAUGCACUGUCGCAGUACGCGAUUCGAGACAAAAUGAUGCUGACUGUGAAAUUAACGCCAGUAGGAACAGGUCUCGCAAGUAGUCCAGACAGCUCUAGCGACAGCAGUACAGGGUCUCCGCCACGACCAUGUCCCGACAUGUUGAGACCAGAGUCAGAAUCCACUCUUCCGGGAGUUAUAAUUUCACAAAAACCACACUACACCGAAUUUUUCCUUAAGCUUUAUCAACUAGGGAGUGAUUUGAAGCAUGGACCUCUGCGAGAUAGUACACGGGCUCUUCUACAGCUAUUACCUAUUGAUAAGUUUACAGUGCGGCAGCUGCAAACAAUGUGUCGUGUUCGCAUCGGCAACGAAUUACUUGACCAGCAGCCCUCUACCCCAUCAGUACAACAGGGAACUCAAGCGCCAACUCCCACACCGGAAGCGAUAUUUCUUCACGCUACGCCUGCUCAGGUGCUGUAUAAUUUGGAAGUAUUGCAUGCGAGUUUAAUGCCAGCUUUGGAACCAUUGUGUGAUAUGACGUUGCAUAUGCAGUUAGCAUGGUUACAUUCUGGAGUUGCUCAUUUCAUCCUUGAGCUUCUGACAAAGAACAAUUUCCUGCCGAAUGCUGAUAUGCAUACAAAACGAGCAGCAUUUCAGUGUGUUCUGCGUCUAGUGAAAUUAUUCCUCUACAUAGUAGGAAGUGUAUUGAGCCGAGUCGGGGAUGAACCACUGUCCCCAGACUUUGAUGGUGAUGGACGUUCGCAGGUCGAAAUUUUGAAACAGGUUCUUACAUCUAUUCCGGGAAGUUCAGAACACACGUUGCGUACAAAUUCGGCAAAACUUGCGGAAAAUUUAGCGGCCGAAAUGCUCUCGGCCAGUCCAGAGGGAGGCCGGUGUCGAAUGCUGUUCUCAACUGCUUUACAAUGGUCAUGUCCGGAUUUGCCUACAAUAAAAGCGAUUGUGCAGCUAGCGUGGGCGGCAUCAACAGGAAAUCUUCAAGUUCUGGGCACUAAAAAUGAUCUUAGCGAUGAAACUGGAAUGUCCGAGUCGCAAGACUUUGCUCUGUGUAAGGAAGCAUUAGAAGUUCUGACUAUAAGUUUGGUCUUGAAUCCGAAGGCAAACGAAGCACUUAGCAAAGACCCAAUUUGGCCGAAAUUUAUAACGUCUUUAGUACUUACAAGUCCUUCGCGCCACGUGAGGCAAGUGGCAUCUGAGCAACUGUUUUUGAGUUGCACGUAUUGUGCUGCGGACCGGAGGCCGUUUGGGUUCAUGGUUCGCCUGUUAGUUUCCUUGCUUCAGUCUUCAGUUCCGCAACAUGCUAGCACAUGCGCUGAGUUUUUUCAACUAUUAUGUCGUACUUUAAGUUACGGAUGUAUGUGGAGUUGGCCAUUAAGCUGCAACGACGGUCUACUAUCGCAAGAAAUCAAUUGGCUUCGAACAAUACGAGAGCAUGUACAGCAGACUGGAGAUAUUCAAGUGCAUGAGGAACUGCUUGAGGGACAUUUAGGCCUGGCCAAGGAACUUAUGUUUUUCUUAAUGCCCGAAUCGAAAGCACAGUUGAAAGAACUUAUCUUGGAAUGUAUUGACGACUUCUUGUUCCCUGCAUCGCGACAAUAUUUGGAAUUGCGUCGAACCGGUCAGCUAAAAGAUGUCAGUGGACCGCCUCCUGUUUGUAGAACACCACACACAAUUGCAGCUGCUUGCGAUUUAUUGGUUGCACUAUGCCAAAAUUGUGUUCCAAACAUGAAACUACUAGUGGAUACGCUUAUAGAUAUGUUUUGCUCAGAUACUGAGCCACUAAGGGAAUGGGAGUAUUUGCCACCGGUAGGGCCUAGACCAAUCAAAGGUUUCUGCGGUUUGAAAAAUGCGGGUGCAACGUGUUACAUGAAUUCGGUUCUACAACAACUUUACAUGGUACCCUCGAUCCGAGUGGGUAUACUUUCUGCUGAAGGUGCUGCUACAGACAACGAUGAGGACUUUAGCGGUGAAACGGAUUGCUUACCAAACGAUGCGAAUGGCUCGGAAGAUGGAAGUGGUCGCAAAAACUAUCACGUCGGCAUUUUGAAAUACGUACAAGCUAUUUUCGCUCAUUUGGGACAUAGUGCUCUACAAUAUUAUGUCCCCCGUGGACUUUGGAGUCACUUCAAACUUCAAGGUGAACCGGUCAAUUUACGUGAGCAACAAGAUGCUGUUGAAUUUUUUAUGUCGUUAUUCGAAAGUUUGGAUGAAGGUUUAAAGGCAUUAGGGCAUAAUCAAUUAAUGGGCGCUACGCUCGGUGGAUGUUUUAGUGACCAGAAAAUAUGUCAAGAAUGUCCACAUCGAUAUUCCAAAGAGGAGCCAUUUAGUGUAUUUAGUGUUGAUAUUAGGAAUCAUAGCUCUUUAACAGAAUCUUUGGAACAAUAUGUGAAAGGAGAGCUGUUAGAAGGGGCAGAUGCAUACCACUGUGAUAAAUGUGAUAAAAAGGUGGUCACCGUUAAGCGACUGUGUGUACGUAAACUUCCACCUGUAUUAGCGAUACAACUUAAGAGAUUUGAAUAUGAUUACGAACGAGUUUGUGCUAUAAAAUUUAACGAUUACUUUGAGUUUCCUAGGGUGUUAGAUAUGGAACCAUAUACAGUGUCAGGAUUGGCAAAAUUAGAGGGUGAAGUUAUUGAAAUUGACGAUAGUUCCGACGACCAACCAUCCACCACAAAAUAUGAACUUACUGGAAUUGUUGUUCAUAGCGGUCAAGCAUCUGGUGGACAUUAUUUUAGUUACAUCCUUCAUAGAGAUCCAAAUACGAAUAAAGAGCAGUGGUAUAAAUUUGACGACGGCGAAGUUAGCGAAUGCAAAAUGCACGAGGAUGAAGAGAUGAAAGCCCAAUGCUUCGGCGGUGAUUACAUGGGAGAAGUUUAUGAUAAUAACCUGAAGCGUAUGCAAUAUAGACGGCAAAAACGCUGGUGGAAUGCAUACAUGCUCUUUUAUACCCGCUGCGAUCAUAAGCCGAUACCAUUGAAACCUUGCGUGGAGCAGUUGUCUAUGGCUGAAAGUCGGAAUUUCGUACUUCCCAUGCCAAAACCAAUCGAACGAAGCGUUAGGACACAAAACAUACGAUUUCUUCACUCAAGAAGCCUAUUCUCAACCGAAUUUUUCAACUUCAUUCGUAAGCUAGUAACGUGUAGUGUUCCACCUACUAGAGGGGAGAAACUGACACGACAGGCGGAAGAACUGUCGCUCCUAGGUGUACAAUUAGCGUCACAGUUUCUGUUUCAUUCUGGGUUCCGAACUAAGAAAUCUCUACGAGGUCCUGCUAUCGACUGGUACGAUACACUUUCACACCAUAUUCGGCAUUCUGGCGUCGUACGAACUUGGUUCGCCCAAAAUACUUUAUUGAAUCCACCCACUCGUCUUGGGGAAUACAUUCUGGCAGCACCAUCACCCGAGGUCCGGACCGUGUUUGUGAAAUUGGUUGUCUUCUUCUGUCAUUUCGCUAAUAACGAUGAACCAUUGCCUGGUUUCGAUGGAAGUAAUCUUAGCGAACAAAUUUUAAUUCGUGUGCUGCAUCUAUUGAAUAGUGAAGUGCCGGAUCAUGGAAAACAUUUGCCACACUACUUCGGUCUUUUCAGCAUGUACGACGGUUUAGGUAUACAGGAAAAACAUCAAUUGUUGAAGUUAAAUGUUCCUGCGAUAUUUAUGCAAGUGGCGUUGGAUGAAGGCCCAGGGCCACCAAUUAAAUACCAAUACCCAGAACUUUCUAAAUUGCAUCAAGUAGUAUCGCAUUUGGUACGUUGUAGUGAUGUUUCGUCAAGAUGUCAAAGUUCAAAUGCCAAUGCACGCCCCUUACCAAAUAUUUACAAAGAUUCAAAUGUUCCUUACGAAAGUUUGGUUCCGUUAUCCCCAGAAGCCACAGAGUACCUUUUCGGUAGAACGAGUUACAUCAAAAAAUUAAUCGAAGAUACAAACGUCGGUGAAGACGCACUUAAACUGCUGCAAUAUUGCAGUUGGGAGAAUCCGCACUUCUCGAGAUCGGUUCUAACUGAAUUGUUAUGGCAAUGUGGCUUCGCAGCCUAUUGGCACGAUAUGCGACAUCAUACUGAAUUGCUUCUAAAUAUUCUAUUGAUGGAAGAUUCUUGGCAAAAUCAUAGGAUACAUAAUGCUCUGAUGGGUGUGGCAGAGGAGCGAGAAGGCUUAUUGGAGACAAUUCAGAGAGCAAAAACACACUACCAAAAACGCGCUUACCAAAUAAUUAAAUGCUUGGUUCAGUUGUUCCGUAGGAGUCAAGUUGCUUUGGCCAUGCUUAACACCAAUCAUCAUAUCGCGCGGCAUUGGACGCUAGCUGUCGAAUGGUUGCAGGAUGAACUAGAGAGACAACGCGGUAUUGCUAAUCAAUAUAACUUUAGCUCAUGGUCACCGCCGGCGCAAAGCAAUGAUAAUACAAACGGUUAUAUGCUGGAGAGAUCGCAGUCAGCUAAAAAUACACUAACAUUGGCAUACGAAUUGUGCCCCGAAGAGGAACAAGAGGAAACGAAUGAAUCUGAUGUUGAACAAGUUGAAGAAAAUAGACCGCCUCAACAGGGCACUGCCGAUCAGCCAGGUGUCGUUGUAGUGGAACCAACAGUCGGAACAUCAACAACGUCACCACCUCAAUCUGAAGGAGGGCCAGCUGUCAGUUCUAGUCCGGUUGUGAGUCUGUCGCAAUAUACUCCAACCCUACUCAACACAAUUAGUAAUUCUGAACCAGAAGUCAGCGGUAGUAUUACAUCACUAUUGAAAGAUUUAAGGCUAUCGCAACAGCCACCAACGGCUUCAACAGUUACAACCACCACCACGACAAGUAACAUGGCGAAAACGGAAGGUGAUGAAAGCACCGCCGUUGAGACUACACCAAAAGUUAUUCAACAAACCUCAACAUCUCCCGUGAGUACGGUGACAACAAUAACAACAAAUGUAAUUAACAGUGUAACGGCGACAACAAUGGAGCAAAUUUAGGGUACAGCUGAUAAAAAUAAUAAUGCUAUUAAGAUUAUUAUGAAUAUUAUUUAAUACUAUUUACAAUUAUAAUAAUUUAACGAAAAAUUAAAAAGAAGGAAACGAGAAAAAUUGCGAUAAGAAUCAGAAAUACAUAUUGAAAGCAGCAAGGAUCAUAGUUACAGAAUACACACGGAAGGAAAAUAAAUUAAAAUAAAUACUAUACAAUCUUCAUGUAUGAAAUCAAACGGAAAACAAUAUAAAUAAAUAAUAACCAUAAGGAAACGUACACAACACUUGAAACCCAGGCUAUAUUUAUUACAUGUCUGACUCUAUAGGAAGAUAAAAGAAUUUGGAAUUAUAUAAUUUGUUAAAUAGUUGAAAUAAACAAAUGAAGACUUUUUAUUUAAAUCACUUCUUCUGAUUUGUUUUAUUUUGAUUUUUGCAUCUGCUUCUCGGUUUCUCACGGGACCCGUUUCAAACCUGUUACAUGAAUCCACCCCCAAAGUGAUUCCGAUAUAACAAUAAUUUGCUUCUGUUUUUUUUUUUUAAUCUCGACCCAAAAACCGGCCACAUUCACAUAACAAAUGCACAUGAACGAAACACAUCCAUCACGUGAAGUGGAUUGCAAAAUGAUUGACAAAUUUCCAAUUGAGAGUUUUCAUUUCCGUUUCCAUUUGUAAGUUCGUAUUUGACGUCAUCAUAGAAAGUAAGCAGUCAUCAAACUCGAGGUGAACUGUUUUUAACGCAGUGCCUAUUGAAAUUGUUUAAUUUUAUUGAAUUCUUAGGAGAUGAUUUCCCUCUGAAGUUUGUUUCGCGUUUCUGUUGUGUUAGAGUUACAUACUAACGUGCAUUAUUGGAUGAUAUAUUUUAUACGGACAUUUUUAUAAGAAUGACGAGUGCGUCGCAAAUGCUUUCUUCUCAUUGCAUUUUCUGUUGAAUCGAUGAAGAAUGUAGAAAGUCUUUUAUUUAUACUUAUUGUCUCUUUAUAGUGAAAGAAAUAUAAAUUAUUGACAACUUAGAUAAAGAUAAAGUAGAAAUUCGCCGCAAGUAUUCAUUUCUUUCUGAAACAAUGUAUGAUUUACGAGUAAGGUCUAUUUUUAAAUGUCAGCUUUUCAAUUCCUCCACUUUUCAAUCAUUCAAUUCCUAAAACAAGGUGAAGUGAAUAUUCAAAGAUUGAAAUUGCGACUUUAAUUUUGUACUAAAAUAUGCCAUAAUAGAUUAUUUUUUACAGUUAUUAUGAUAUGAUGAAUCAAAUGUACAUAUAUAGCGUACGAAUAAAAUUAAGGAUAAAAUAUAAAAGAAGAGGAACACAAUCCAACAACAAUUAUAAUUUCAUUCUCGCUUGACUAUUAUAACAUAUUUUUCAAUUGACCUUGAGAUCGAAUUGCUUUAUAUGAAGAAAACCGAGAAAACUGAUGAAGAUGGAAAUAUUGAUUGUAAAAGAAACUUAUGCGUAUCGUAACAAUUACCAAAAAAUAUAAGAAGUGUAUUGGAAAUAUUUAUAAAUUCACUCAUGUCUUAAAUAAUUUUUAGUAAAAAUAAAAAUCCGAAAAGAUAUGAA